AUGACGGCGCAGGGCGGGCCUCCCCAAGAUGGCGCCGCGUCCCAGCCCGCGGCCGCGGGGCCGUCCGUCCAGCCGGCGGCCGUCCUGUCCGUGGCCGGUCGGCUCAAGGACUACGCCUCCGGCAUCCUGAAGCAGGGAAAGCCAUGGUCCGAGGUGAUGGAUCGGACGUCGUUCUCUCGACCGCAGAAUCUUACCGAGGCCACAUCUCGAUUGAAGAAGAAUGUUGCCUACUUCAAAAUCAAUUACCUCAUUGUUGUAAUCAUGGCCAUCACGGUGUGCAUGUUGAUGAACCCAGGCUCGCUGAUGGUGUUGUGCGCCCUGCUGGUGGCAUGGCUUUAUGUGUUUGUCAUUCGCACUACUCCACUGGUGAUCGGCAAUCACACUCUCAGUGACCAAACGAAACUACUGGGAAUGGCAGCAAUAUCUUUUGUAGUCAUAUUUUUCCUCACAAGUGUUGGUGCUGUGGUUUUUGGGGCAUUGUCCAUUGGUUUCUGUCUCAUCACCUUGCAUGGAGCAACGAGGGCGCCCGAUGACCUUUUCCUGGACGAUGCACAGGCACCAGCGGCCAACCAGAACUUGCUGUCCAUCUUUACGGCUGGCAAGCAAAUGCCGCCACCGGCAGCCAAUGUUUGA